AGCAGAAGAAGAAGGCGUAGCAGAAGGGGCGUCCUCUCCGUUGACAGUCCGCCAUGCUCACCCUGCUGCAGCACUGUGGACGCAGUUUACUGACAUUCAGGACCAUUCAGACAGUAAAUAAAAGUUACUACUCAACACAAAUGGCUAAGCGCGUGGCUGUGGUGUUGGCGGGCUGUGGAGUUUAUGACGGCAGUGAGAUCCACGAGGCCUCCGCUGUUUUGGUCCACCUGAGCAGAGGAGGAGCAAGUGUUAACAUGUUUGCCCCCAACAUUGACCAGAUGCAUGUGGUGAAUCACCUGAAAGGUGAACCAUCUGAGGAGAAGAGAAAUGUGUUGGUGGAGAGCGCAAGGCUGGCUCGUGGAAACAUCCAGGACCUGUCUAAACUCAGUGUCAAAGACCAUGACGCAAUUAUAUUCCCAGGUGGUUUUGGGGCAGCGAAGAACCUCUGUACGUGGGCAGUACAGGGGAAGGACUGCUCAGUUAAUGACGAGGUGAAGGCCGCGCUGCAGGCGUUUCACGGCGAGGGGAAGCCCAUCGGCCUCUGCUGCAUCUCACCUGUUCUGGCUGCUAAAGUGUUUCCCGGCUGUGAGGUCACCGUUGGCCUCGAGAAGGAUGACAAGUAUCCCGACACCACUGACACUGCAGCGGCCAUCAACCAGUUGGGCUGCAAACAUGUGAGCAAGAGUGUCAGCGAGAGCCACGUGGACCAGAAGAACAAGCUGGUCACCACCUGUGCCUUCAUGUGCAAUGCUCCAAUUCACGAGAUAUUCGAUGGAAUUGGAGCGAUGGUGCGGGAUGUCCUGAAACUUGUGUGAUUCUACUAAUAGCUCCAAGGAUACCUGAAUCAUUUUAGCAAGCUUAAUAAUAGCUGCCUGCAGAACAAUAACUCCUUGAUAAAAAGCACUUCCCAGGACUGUUAAAGUACACAUUUGUAGCAGUAAUGUGCACAGUGUGGUCUCCAUUGAUUUUGCAGACGUCUCUGUUUGACUCAGUGUUAACAGUUUGUAUUUGUAUGGUCUGAUGCAGCGGUUCACUGUCAUGAUGGUGAUUUCGAUUGGAAAAUCAACUGCAGUUCUGGUAUUGUACAAAAAAAUGCAAUAAAACGUAAAAGGUCA